CAACCGGCUUAGACUAGAAUAACACACCCCAACGCCAAGAUGGCUCAUCUCAAUUCUUUGCUGCAGUCAGCUCUUCGUCCCUUACAAAAUACCGCUCCAUUUAGUCCACUUAAAUCUUUAUUGAAGAAACCCACUAAAUCAAUAUUUCAAAAUCCCGAAAUCCACUCUGUAAUCUCCAUUAAACUUUUUUCUAGAGUUGUUUUUGCUGCUACUGGAGGAAGGGGACGAGGAAGCGGGCAUCUCAAACAAUACAAAAGAGGGAUAUCUGUAAGAAAAGAAGGCUCUACCGGUGUUAGAAAACGAAGUUCAGAAAUGGAUGAGGAGGAACCCAAAGAUUAUAAUAAAAAGAGGAUGGAAGGGCUGGAUAAGGCAGGUCCCAAGCAAGUUAAGCUCAAGACUAGGAACAUAAAUCCUGUCAAUACUAUUGCUUAUGUGCAGAUUCUUGGGACUGGGAUGGACACCCAUGACACAUCUCCUUCUGUUCUGUUGUUUUUUGAUCAUCAGCGGUUCAUCUUCAACGCUGGAGAGGGGAUACAACGGUUCUUUACUGAACACAAGUUGAAGUUAUCAAGAUUGGAUCACAUAUUCCUUACUCGGGUUUGCUCAGAAACUGCAGGUGGUCUUCCAGGCCUUCUUUUGACCAUGGCUGGCAUAGGAGAUAAUGGAAUGACAGUCAACAUGUGGGGCCCCUCUGAUCUGGAAUAUUUAUUAGAUGCAAUGCGGUUGUUUAUUCCAAAUUCUGCUGUCAUUCAUACCCAUAGUUUUGGUCCAAGGCAUGAAUCAGAAGGUAGCGAAGUGCCUCAGACUUCUCAUGGAAGCAUAUCGACACAGCCAAUAGUACUUUACAAAGAUGAGCUUGUACAAAUAUCUGCUGUUCUUUUACUCCCUAGUGGCGUAGGAAGACAUCAUCAGGAAAUGGAGGUUGGUAUAGAAGUUUCAGAGGGGACUAAUAACGACACAGGAAAAAAUAUGGAGUCAACUCCUAAGCGUCCUCGUUUAGGAUCAGAAGCAUCGUCAAAAAUUGCAGGAACAGCCAUGAAACUCCAGGAAAAUUACGAGCCUGGUGAUAUUGCUGUUGUGUAUAUCUGUGAGUUACCUGAUAUCAAAGGAAAAUUUGACCCAUCAAAGGCUCGAGCACUUGGGCUAAAACCUGGGCCAAAGUACCGUGAACUCCAGCUUGGAAAGUCGGUGAUGUCAGAUACAGGUGAUGCAAUGGUACAUCCAAGUGAUGUGUUGGGUCCAUCAUUUCCUGGUCCUAUUGUCCUCUUUGUUGAUUGCCCAACCAUUUCACAUUUUCCAGAUUUACUGUCUGCACCUGUGCUAAGUAAAUUCUUUACGCGCAUGGAUGAUGGCUAUCAGAACAUUCAGAAACAUGUCAGUUGUUUUGUUCACCUUAGUCCUUCUUCUGUCACUAAAUGUCCAGAGUAUGUAGAAUGGAUGUCAAAAUUUGUGGGCGCUCAACAUAUUAUGGCUGGGCAUGAAUUAAAGAAUACAGGAUAUCCAAUAUUGAAAUCCAGUGCAAGACUUUCAACACGACUUAAUUUCCUUUGCCCACAACUGUUUCCUGUUCCUGGUUUUCGGUCUCUUGGUGUAGCAAACACCUUGGAAGGAGCUUCUGCUCAAACAAGCCAGGAUGAGGAUAUGAUGUUCCAUGGAUUCGUUCUUGCUGAUAAUCUACUGAAGUUCUACUUACGUCCUUAUGCACGACUUGGUUUGGAUCAAUCUUCUGUUCCUAGUUUGCCCUCUGCAUCUGAUAUAAUUGGUGAGCUGGUAUUAGAGAUUCCCGAGAUUGUGGAUGCUUCCAAACAGAUUGCCCAGAUCUGGAAUUCUGUUCCAGGAGAGCAUAAUGAAUAUCCUAAUCACACUGAAUUGCAUGGUCCUACUUUUGUAGAAGAGCCUUGGAUAACAGAAAGUACAAGCAUAUCUGAAUUGGAAUUGAAAGUAACAAAUAAUGGCGAUGCCCAAAAGGAAACACAAUUCAAACUCCCACUUGGAGUUAAUGGUUGUAAGGGCACUGAAGCCAUUCCUAUGUGCUUAGAAGGUGUAAGCAGGGAUGAGAUGGAGAUAGUCUUUUUGGGUACAGGCUCCUCUCAGCCAUCAAAAUAUCGUAAUGUCAGUUCUAUCUUUGUAAACCUUUUUAGAAAGGGUGGUAUACUUUUAGAUUGUGGAGAGGGAACUUUGGCUCAACUGAAAAGGAGAUUUGGUGUUAAUGGUGCUGAUGAUGUGAUCAAAUCUUUAAAGUGUAUAUGGAUAUCACAUAUUCAUGCUGAUCAUCACACUGGAAUUGCAAGGAUACUGUCUGUGCGUAAGCAUUUAUUACAGAACAGAUCUCAUGAAUCAUUACUGGUGAUUGGACCAAAGCCACUGAGGAGAUUCUUGAAUGCAUACUCUAGGCUUGAGGACUUAAACAUGCAUUUCCUGGAUUGUAGACAGACAAUGAAGGAUUCAAUUGAUAUGUAUGAACGAAUAUAUGCUGAUAUGCAGGAUGAGGUGGGCAGUGGUGAAAGUUCAGGAUCUAAACAAGAGAAUUCAGUUGUUAGCAAUCUGGUUAGUUUAAAAACAGAAAACAGGGAAGCACCACAUUCUAUCCAGAGUCAAAUGCAGAAUUAUGCACAAAGACUUGGAGUUCAAGAUGGAACUGUAUUGGAUCUCGCAGGACUACAUAAGCUGAAGAAAAUUUUGUCUGAAGCUGGGAUAGAGGUUUUACAUAGUGUACCUGUUGUUCAUUGCAGAGAAGCAUUUGGUGUUGUCUUGCAAGCUAUAAGAAGAAAGAAUAAUGUUAAUGAAAUAGUGCCAGGGUGGAAGCUUGUUUAUUCUGGUGAUACCAGGCCUUGCAAGAAGCUCAGGGAUGCCGCUUUUGGGGCCACUGUACUGAUACAUGAGGCCACUUUUGAUGAUAGCAUGCCUGAAGAAGCAAUUUCAAAGAAUCAUAGUUUGACCAAGGAAGCAAUUGAGGUGGGAGCCUCUGCUGAAGCAUACAGAAUCAUUUUGACGCACUUUAGCCAGCGUUACCCCAAAAUCCCCGUUUUUGAUGAAAGCUAUACUGACAGGACAUGCAUUGCUUUUGACUUGAUGACUGUGAACUUGGCAGACUUGCCAUUUGUACCAAAAAUUAAUUCUUUUUUGAAACUUCUCUUCAAAAAUGAGAUGAUGGCUGAAGAAUCAUCUGAGAUCGAUAACAUGACUGAGAAUACAGCUAUUACAUUAUAAGAACUAUUAUUCUAAAUGUAUUUGUUGCUCCUUUUUAUCGUUUAUUUAUUGUUGUACCAAUCAGCUGUGCUGUGCAGUGGAGAGUUGCCUGUUCGAAAAAAGCAAACCACUUUCUUCUUGAAAAGAAACAGGUAACCAUAAGGCCGGUUGGGGUUAGAGCACCGUAUAAUGUAUGGGAGGUUUUAUGUUUGAGUCGUAGCUGGUCCAUGUAAAAUAACAUGGUAUCAGAACCACAAAGAGGAGCCCCAAACCACCAAAGCGUGGCUUGAAGGGUGGUGUUGGAAGAAAGAAAAUCACACAGAGACAAAAAGUAGGCAGCCACGAUCGGCUGGUAGUUCAGUGGUAGAGCACUCCCCCAAGUACAUGGGAGGUCCUUGUUUUGAGCUCUAGCUGGUCACUGAAAAAUGUCACAGCAAUUAUUUGAUGGUUCCGAAUCCUUAACAGGUGAUGUUUGAUAUUUUUGAACAA